AUGGAAUUCUUCCAAAAGGCGAAAGUGGUGCGCCUAAGGAGCCACCAUGAUAAAUACAUGUUGGCACAUGAAGAUGAAGAAAACGUCUACCAAGACCGCAACGGUUGCUACGACAAUGCAAAAUGGACGGUCGAGUUAUUAGAGGGCGACCACAGCAAUGUGAUAAGAUUGAAGAGUUGUUACGGUAAAUACUUAACAGCAUCAAAUAUGCCAUUUCUUUUGAAAAGCACAGGUAAGAAAGUAUUGCAAACUUUGCCUAUAAGGCUAGAUUCAUCGGUUGAAUGGGAACCUAUUAGGGACGGUGUUCAAGUGAAACUAAGGACGCGUUAUGGACAAUAUCUUCGUGGGAAUGGAGGAUUACCACCUUGGAGAAACACAAUAACACAUGAUGUUCCACAUAGAACCGCAACGGCUAAUUGGAUUUUGUGGGAUGUUGAUAUUGUGGAACUUAAGCCAAAACAAGCCGGGCAGGUUCCUAAACCAAGACCAAGGCCGACACCCAUUACACCUCCUAAUCGUGGUUUGGAUAAUCAAAUAACAACAACAACACCAACAACGACGACUAAUGAUAUUACUUUUCCUUCUCCUUGUCUUUCGCCGCUUUCAGAAUCAGACGAUCCGUCUCCAUCGCCGAUGAAAGAAGGGAGGGUUAUAUUUUAUGAUGUUGGUAAUGAAAAUGGUGAAGUUGUUGAUGCAAAUAAAGGGGCAUUUUUUACAUUUAAAGGAAAUUGUGUGAAUGAGUUGAAGGAUAAAUUGAUGGAGGAAACUGGACUUGCUGAUAUUUGUGUUUGUUGUCGUAAUCCAUUUAAUGCUAAUCUUUAUCCACUUCUUUCACAUCUACCUCCUAAUAAUACUGACAUGCAUGUCGUUGUGGUUCCAUCUUCAUUUAAAGGAAGGGAUGCGGUAGAGCACAAUCGACCAUUUGCUAGAGAGAUAAACCAAACCUUUUCUUUAUGGUACCAUUUGCAUGUUCAACAAUCUUUACCACUCACCAAUUUGAUGAUGACUACGAUAGUUCUUUAUUUGUCUUAG